CGAGGCGACCUGAAAACCCUUAAACCCUUGUUCACUCGCACGUGCGGUGGCGAAGCUCACUCUUCUCUCCGGUACUUUGGCGGAAGAAGCUGAACUGCCAUUGUCUUCGGCGGCCGUCGAUCUUUCUGCCGUCUGCUUCGGAUGUGAGAUACCACAUGAUGGUUAAGUGGCGAUUGAACAAAUCAUAGGGGGCAUUGGAUGUCAUACAUCAAAUCACAGGGAGGGGUGAGGAAAUCAUUUACGGCCAAAAAUAAGGGUGAAUUGUAAGAUAUCCUCCAUAACAUUUGAUGUUUACCUCCUGCAGUACGAGUUCACAAUGUAUGUCUUACUUAACUGAUUUGCAAUUUUGAGAGAGUCAACAAUCCUGCAAGCUCAGAAUGAGUUUGCUUUUAAGAAUAAGGCAGCAUUUACCUAAUGGGUUAUAUGGACAACCUCUUCAUUUGGGUUCAGUAGGGAUUAUUCCAAGUAAAUUAAAUUUGGUUUCAAGAAAUUUUGGUCAAGCUGCUAGGAAAGAGGAUGAGGAUGUAGAGGAAGUAGAAAUUGACCAAAGAAGGCUCCCAGCUGAUUUUGAUCCUGCAACAUUUGAUCCUACUGAGCAUCGAAGUCCUCCAUCAGAGAGAGUUUUCAAGCUUGUUGACGAAAUGGCAUCUCUAACACUUGCUGAAGCUGCAGAAUUGGGCCCCAUUUUGAUGAGCAAAAUGGGAUUGAAGGAGAUGCCUACUGUGGGAUUUAUGAAACCAGGAGCUGCUAACUUAGCUGGACUGGCAGCGAAGGCACCAGCUGCAGCAAAGGAGGAGAAGAAGCCAGAAAAGACUGUGUUUGAAUUGAAAUUGGAGUCCUAUGAAGCAACCUCAAAAAUUAAAAUCAUCAAGGAGGUCCGUGGCUUUACUGAUUUAGGUCUGAAGGAAGCGAAAGAUUUAGUGGAAAAAACACCUUCAAUUAUAAAGAAAGGUGUUUCAAAGGAAGAGGGAGAAGGGAUAAUAGAGAAAUUGAAAGCUCUUGGUGCAAAAGUUGUUAUGGAAUGAAGGUAAACAGAUAUACGUUGUCCUCCUAAAUAAUUAUUGAAAUGUUUAUUUCAAUAAUCCACAUCUCCUGAACUCAAACGAAAUUUGUAAUGUAUUAUCAUUUUUGCCUAUUUCUGCGGACUGUGACAGAGUCGUCCUGAGGUUGCUUUUUCAUUUUAGCUCAAUUCAUGAGCUUUAGCUGAAAUUUAGUUUUGCGCAACUAUUUAGAGGCAGUGAGGUACAAUUCAUUUCCAUCAUGACGGAUCUUAUGACCAAGUCCUUCCACGCAAUUUUUGAAGUUGAAAGAAUAUCCCCAGGAUCUCUACAACACAUUGGUGAUACCUUAAAGAUUAUAUGGCCUCUUUGAAUUGUGUUUCUCUUCAUCUAUGUAACGGAAGCAUGCUAUGUUGAGAUCCUCUGCAUAUUCUCCCUGCGUUGAAACUUCUAGCUAUUAUUUCUAUCAUAUAUCUUGUUUGUGAACGUAAUAAGGAGGGAAAAUGCAAUAAUAGAUUUUUGUAUUUUGAUUGCUUUUGGUUUUUA